AUGGCAGAAACAGCCUCUGACGCUUCUGAGAAACUGCUCGUCAUCCACUCCAAAGCUCACAAAGAUACCAUUCUAGCUAAGUUUGAAGAGCAAAGAAAAAAGGAUUUUCUUUGUGACAUUACCCUAAUAGUGGAGAAUGUGCAAUUCAGAGCCCAUAAAGCCUUGCUUGCUGCCAGCAGUGAGUACUUCUCAAUGAUGUUUGUAGAUGAGGGUGAAAUAGGGCAAUCAAUUUACAUGUUGGAGGGAAUGGUUGCAGACACCUUUGGAGCACUGCUAGAAUUUAUCUACACUGGUUGCCUCCGUGCCAGUGAAAAAAACACAGAACAAAUUCUGGCUACUGCACAGCUGCUGAAAGUGACUGACUUGGUAUGGGCCUGUACGGACUAUCAGGCCAACCGUAGCCCAAGUAGUGCGUUACCAGCUCCAGCUACCAAUGGAGCCUCUGUAGCUGUUACUGCAAGCGGCAAGAAAAAUGAAGACCCACCAAAGAGAAAACGAGGGCGACCAAGGAAAGUCAAGAAUGUCCAAGAAGAAAAAUCAGCUGCAAGUCCUGCCGAAGAUGUGCAGCUGAGAGAGAACAACUCCAUGCAAAAUAAGCAAAAUUUUAUGAAAAAAGACACCUCAGAAGAAGAAACAGUUGUCAGCGAACAGGCUCCAGUGGGGAAAGAUGCAGAAGAAACUGAAGCUGCUUGUGGCUCAGAAGCUGCUGUCAAUCUGUCAGCUGAGAAAGAUGAGAAUUAUGAUCCCAAAUCUGAAGGAAUACAGAGCACUCAGAGCCGGUAUAGCAAACGUAGAAUAAGGAGAUCAAUCAAACUAAAAGAUUAUAAACUUCUCAGUGAUGAGGAUGAAAAAGGACUGGCAAAGAGAACUGAUGGAAAAAGAAAACGUGCAGGUUCUGAAGCUCGCUGUAAAGACUGUGGCAAAGUAUUUAAAUAUAAUCACUUCUUAGCUAUUCAUCAGCGGAGCCAUACAGGGGAGCGCCCUUUUAAGUGCAGUGAGUGUGGCAAAGGCUUUUCCCAGAAGCAUUCUCUUCAAGUCCAUGUGCGGAUGCACACCGGAGAACGGCCAUACACGUGCACCGUCUGUAGUAAGGCUCUGACAACAAAGCAUUCUCUUCUGGAGCAUAUGAGCCUACAUACAGGGCAGAAGGCUUUUACAUGUGAUCAGUGUGGGAAAUACUUCAGCCAGAAGAGACAGCUCAAGAGCCACUAUCGAGUACACACAGGCCAUUCACUGCCGGAAUGUAACCAGUGUCGUCGCAAAUUCAUGGAUGCAGCUCAGUUAAAGAAACAUCUAAGAACACAUACAGGUGAGAAACCCUUCACUUGUGAAAUCUGUGGCAAAUCAUUUACAGCUAAAAGUUCUCUACAGACUCACAUUAGAAUUCACAGAGGAGAAAAGCCAUAUUCUUGUGGUAUAUGUGGAAAAUCCUUCUCUGAUUCCAGUGCUAAGAGAAGACACUGUAUCUUACACACAGGCAAAAAGCCUUUCUCCUGCCCAGAAUGUAGUUUGCAGUUUGCUCGUCUGGACAACCUGAAGUCUCAUUUGAAAAUUCAUAGCAAGGAAAAGCAGUUUCAGGAAGCCAGCACUGCUCCAAGCACCAACACUAACUCAGAAGUGAGAAACAUUCUUCAGCUGCAGCAGUAUCAACUUGCCACCUCUGGAGGGCAGGAAAUUCAACUACUGGUUACAGAUGCAGUACCUAAUAUAAACUUCAUGCCUAGUCAUAAUCAAGGCAUUAGUAUUGUUACUGCAGAAAAUGCCCCAAAUAUGACAACAGAGCAGGCUGCUAACCUCACGCUGCUUGCUCAGCCACCACAGCAGCUGCAAAACUUGUUGCUUUCAGCUCAGCAGGAGCAAGCGGAACAAAUCCAAAGUAUCAAUAUGAUUGCAAACCAAAUAGAGACUGCCCAGCCUGAACAAAUGCAUGUCAUCACUCUUUCCAAGGAAGCACUAGAACAUCUCCAUGCUCAUCAAGGACAAAAUGAAGAAAUCCACUUAGCAGGAUCUUCACAUCCAGCUCAGCACGUGCAGUUGGCUCAGGAAUCAAGUCAGCAAUCUCACUCUAGCCAAGAUAUGGUUCCUUCCCAUCGAAUCAGUGAAGAACAGAAUCAAAGUGUACACGUUUCUGAAUCCCAUCAGCAGUCUCUGUCAGUAAAUGAGUCAUCUCAUGAGCAUCCUAUUCAAGGACAGGCUUUCUGAAGUGCUUAUUUGUCAUCAGAGGGCUAGGCUAUAGCA